AUGUUCAAUUACCUGGCAGUCGAGGUGAGGCCCCAGCUCCACCGCAGCUAUGGGAGCCAGCAAGGGGUGUCUGGGCCACUGAAGAGCCGCCUGGAACAGCUGAAGAAGCCGUGGUGGAGGGAGCCCACCCCGCUGGUGCUCCAGCACAGCGAGACAGCCAGGCUGGCCAUCGAUGCCUUUCUUGAGCAGGGGGAGCGCGGCUACCUGAGCGCCAUCGCCGAGGAGAGGGAGCUGCCAUUUCUUUCCACCUUGGACAUGGAGUAUAUCAGCCAUCAGAGGAACCAAAGCUUCCCAGACCCCAGUGCAAUGAAAGACAAAGAAGCUGACCCUGGUGAGACAGACACUGGAGACAGGUUCUCCCUCAACUCUGAGCUAACAUCGGGCACCUACUUCCCCCUCAUGUCUGAUGUGCACCCUCCGGAGCUGGAGCUGGGGUGGCCAGGGACACCACUCCUCACGGUGUCUGGCCAGACUCAAGCCACUGUGAUUUUCCAAAGAAACAAAACGAACAGCAUUAAGGAUUUGGUCCGGUCUCUGAUCAGCCGGGCACGGACGGUGAUAGCAAUUGUGAUGGAUCUGUUUACAGACAUGGAAAUUCUGUGUGACCUGCUGGAGGCCUCAAGCAGAAGGCACAUCCCUGUUUACCUGAUCCUGGAUGAAGAGUACUUGAAGCAUUUUGUGGAAAUGUGCAAUAAAAUGGCUCUUACUCAGGACAGCUUCCCAAACAUGCGCAUAAGAUGCCUGAGUGGAGACACAUACUACAGCAAAGCAGGCAAGAAAUUUGCAGGCCAGGUUCUGGAGAAGUUUGUCCUGGUUGAUUGUGACCAAGUUCUUGCUGGUACAUACAGUUUCACCUGGCUUUGCAGCCAAGUCCACACCGGCCUGGUGACCCACUUCCGUGGGCAAAUUGUUGCAGAGUUUGACAAGGAAUUCCGGUACUUGUAUGCAGAGUCCAGAGCAGUGACCAGCUUCUGUGAGCCAGAUCCUGAGACAUGUCUCUCUUCUUGGAAUACCUCAAAAGUUGACAACUGUCUUCUAAAACCCACUCAGGGGAAUGAUACUGAGACCCUGAGCCCCUCCAGCAGCCUUUCCAAUGUGAGCAUCAGGAGCAUAAAAGUGUCUCCGUUUAUGAAAAACUCGAGCUGUGGUGCACACCAGGAAAAGCAAGAUUCCAGCUCUGAUUCUGGCAAUAAGAAGGGGAAGGAAGACACAUUCCUGAAGCCCACUUGCCCUAAACAGCAAGAAGAACCACCAGACUCGGUGAACAGUCCUCCAAAUAAACCCUCCUCAGCCUCGUAUCCCAAAUCAAACCUGAUAACAGCAAGGACAUUCCUGCAACCGGAGCCUUCCUCCAAUAAACCUGGUAACCAGGGGGAUAUUAAGGCCAACAGCAGCCACUGCUCCCCGCUGAGAGCGGGGCAGCCACUGCAGUCCCUGUCAGAGGGUACCAGCAGCAAUGGGACCAGCCUGAAGCAGAGAGCACCUGUGGCCACCUCUGGGGAGCUGCCAGCUGAAAAUGAGAAUGUGUUUUAUGGGGUGGAAAAGAGACAGAGCCCUGGACAUGGCCAUUUUGACCUUUUCUCCCCAUACAGCCACCUCAAACGGGAUAAAAAGUCCGUAGUGCCUUGCUAUGACAAGUUCCCGGAGGAUGUGCUGCUGGAAAAGAACAGCGCAUAUGGGGCAGAGAAGAGAAUGACUCUGGGGCACAGCAAGCUGGACCUGAUCACCAAGUACAACAAGCUAAAAUCCAAACACAUACACAGUCGGUUCGAACUCUGA